UAUAUUAAUUAAUGUUUCUUCAUCAUUAAUUAAUAUUGAUUAUAAAAAAUAUACGUACACAAACACUGUAUAUUAUCUUCAAUCCCUUAAUUAAUCCGUCCAUUCUUCAUAUAGAUUGAAAUUCAAAUAAAAGGAAGACGACGAUUAGUAUAGGCUCCAGAUAUAUGUAUGUAUUGAAUUUGAAGAAGCUAUAUAUAUAGAUAAGAUAUAAUCGUUGAUUAAUUUGGCGUUAUUAAGCUCCCUGCGGUUUGACUUCCGAAAGUUGACUACUGCUCUGAUCUUUCUGGAAUGGAUGAAAUAAAAGUUAUUGGAGAGGAUCUAACUACAAAUGGUGAAGGAUCCACGGAUUUACCAAAUGAUAAACCUGUUUCAGGCAACUCAAUACCAACACCAGUGAACAACACAUCUGAUGAGCCUGAAACCGAAAAAGUAGCCUCGAUUGACCCUAAACCAUCUGAUCAUUCAUUUGACAACUUUUCGACUCCUGAAAAAGAUAGUCCCAUGAGUGAGUCUCUUGUUCAAGAGCCAACAUUAUCACCGGUUUCUUCAAAAACUUCUGUACAAAAACAAAAUGAUGAGCUGCCGGAUGAGCCCCUUAGCAGUGUUGGUACUCCAGAAAGUCCAGAAUCACCUUUGGGACUUGCAAAGGGAGGAAAUGGCCCUGUUAAACAAGUCAAGAACACAAGCCCAAAAGUAGGUGUUAUUGAUACAGCUUCACCUUUUGAAUCUGUGAAAGAAGCUGUUUCCAAGUUUGGUGGCAUUGUCGACUGGAAAGCCCAUAAAGUUCAGAGUGCUGAGAAACGCAAGUAUAUAGAACAAGAACUUGAGAAAACAAAUGAGGAGAUUCCUUUGUUCAAGAAGAAAUCUGAGGCAGCUGAAGAAGCCAAACUUCAGGUACUAAAAGAGCUAGACAGCACUAAGAGGCUAAUAGAAGAACUAAAACUUAACCUUGAGAGAGCACAAACAGAAGAACACCAAGCCAAACAAGACUCGGAACUUGUCAGAUUAAGAAUAGAAGAAAUGGAGCAAGGGAUAGCUGAUGAGUCUAGUGUUGCAGCGAAGACACAGCUCGAGGUAGCACAAUCUAGACAUGCAGCUGCAGUUUCUGAGCUUGCAACUGUUAAAACUGAGCUGGAAGAUCUCAAAAAAGAUUAUGCGUUAUUGGUUUCUGAGAAGGACAUAGCUGUAAAGAAAGCUCGAGAAGCAGCAUUAGCGUCAAAAGAAGUUGAGAAGAAGGUAGAAAACCUGACUAUCGAGCUUAUGAUGACAAAAGAGUCUUUAGAGUCAACCCAUGCUGCUCAUUUGGAGGCUGAAGAACACAGGAUUGGAGCAGCAAUGGCACAUGAGCAAGAUGCUUUGAAUUGGGAGCGAGAAUUGAAACAGGCACAAGAGGAACUUGAGAAAGCCAACCAACAGAUUGACUCGGCUAAGGAUCGGAAAGCCAAACUAGAUGCUGCUACAACUUUGCUUCACGACUUGAAAACUGAAUUAGCGGUUUACAUGGAAUCAAAGUUGACUCAAGACAAUAACAAUAAUCCUGAUAACGAUGUACAAUCAGCCAAGAAGAAUGUCGAAGAGGUAAAGCAGAACAUCACAAAAGCAACAGAAGAGAUUGAUUAUUUAAAAAUGGCAGCGAAUUCUUUGAAAACCGAGCUCGAGAAAGAAAAGACGGCCCUUGCUGCCAUUAGGCAGAGAGAAGGAAUGGCGGCAGUAGUUGUUGCAUCUCUUGAAGCCGAGUUAAACCGAACAAGAUCAGAAAUUUCUCUGAUCCAAACAAAAGAAAAGGAGGCUCGUGAAAGAAUGGUGGAGCUCCCGAAACAACUACAAAGGGCAGCCGAAGAGGCAGAUCAAGCAAAAGCACUGGCUCAGAAAGCUCGUGAAGAGCUAAAGAAAGCUAAAGAAACGGUAGAACAAACAAAGGCUGGAGCAAGUACCAUGGCAAGUAGACUACUUGCUGCUCAAAAGGAGAUGGAAGCAGCAAAAGCUUCAGAAAAGUUAGCUCUUGCUGCCAUUGGUGCACUUCAUGGAAGUGACAUCGAGCCAGAAACUGGAGUAACCCUUUCAUUAGAGGAAUAUUAUGAACUAAGUAAGAAAGCCCACGAAGCAGAAGAGCAGGCGAACACACGGGUAGCUGAAGCAAUCUCACUGAUUGAUGUAGCGAAGGAGUCAGAAUCAAAAUGCUUGAGUAAACUUGAGCAAGUGACCUCUGAAUUGGUUGCAAGAAAGCAAGUUCUUGAUGCUGCAUUGCAGAAAGCCGAAAAGGCAAAAGAAGGAAAGCUGAGUGCUGAACAGGAUCUUAGAAAGAGGAGAGCUGAAAACGAGCAAAGGCGGAAAUCGGGAUUGGGUGUCGGCCAAAGAGAGAGUUUUGAAGAGGUGAAGAGCUUUAACAUGCGACCCGUUAGUCCUUCUCCCCAGAAUUCCAGGCCGAUAAUAAAGACAGUUCUGCCAGAAAGCCAAAGCAACACAACGGAAUCAUCACCAGAGGUGAGGGGUUUAAAGAAAAAGAAGAGGUCGUUUUUCCCGCGGAUUUUCAUGCUAUUGAGAAGGAAGAAAUCGGAGUCGAAUAAAAGAAGUUGAGUGUGGUGUUGGACUGUUGGUUGUACAUGUAAUAUAUUUGUUGAUGGUUUUAAUUGUGAUUCAUUUGCAGAUUUGGUCAUAAGGGAGGAGCACGACAAGUUGUAUUUUCAUGGAACAAAAUUGGAGUUUGAGUUGUGUAUUGUUUUUACUUGUCUAAUAUUACAAAAUUUGGAUCUACCGAAAUAUAAAUGGUCUCUUUUCAAUUCAA